UUUAGUAUAUAUUUCUUUUUAUUGGAGUUCCAUAGGAGGGCCAUCUGGCGGCGGAAGGUGGAAGUGGUGGUCCCGGGGUGAUUAUUGCACGUGUGGACACUAGCUCUGCCUGUUUGUCUUAUUACCAAAUUUCAGAUCAAGAUGCCUUCUGACGCCAAAAAGAAGAGAGAACAGAAGAAGAAAGAGGCAGCCAAGGCUAAGCAGAGCGGCAAGAAAGUAGAAAAUAAAGAAGAGAAAGAGCAACCAAAAGACAAGGGAACUGCCAACAACACCAAGAACAACUCCCGUGAAACCACCCCACUGCAAAAUGGCACUGCCAACGGUGUCGAGAAGCUCAGUGCGGAAGAACUCCUUUGCCGCAAGCUUGAGGAGGACAUGCGCAUUGCCAGUGAGGCACGCUCCUGCACUGGUGUCUUGGGCAUUCACCCACGUGCUCGGGACAUUAAGAUUGACAACUUCUCCAUCACUUUCCAUGGAUCAGAGAUGCUGCAAGACACCAAGCUGGAGUUGAACUGCGGGAGACGGUACGGCUUAAUUGGUUCUAAUGGAUGUGGAAAAUCUACACUCUUAGCAACCUUAGCCAACAGGGAAGUUCCCAUCCAAAAGCACAUAGAUAUUUUCCACCUAGUGCGGGAGAUGCCAGCCUCAGACAAGACAGCUCUUCAGUGUGUCAUGGAGGUGGAUGAAGAGAGGAUUCGCCUCGAGGCUCUGGCUGAAGAGUUGGCUUCCAGCGAAGAUGAUGAAACACAAGAGCAGCUGAUGGACAUAUAUGACCGGCUGGAAGACCUUGGAGCUGAUCAGGCUGAGGCCAAGGCUGCCUUCAUCCUGCAUGGUCUUGGCUUCACCCACAUUAUGAUGGAGAAGAAGUGCAAGGAUUUCUCUGGUGGUUGGAGAAUGAGAAUUGCCCUGGCCCGUGCUCUGUAUGUCAAGCCUCACCUGUUGCUGCUGGAUGAACCCACCAACCACCUGGAUCUGGACGCCUGUGUGUGGCUGGAAGGGGAGCUGGCCAAGUACAAGCGCAUCCUGGUCAUUAUCUCCCACUCCCAGGACUUCCUCAAUGGUGUGUGCUCCAAUGUGAUCCACAUGGACAAGAAGAAACUGAAGUACUAUGGUGGUAAUUACGAUGCCUUUGUGAGGACUCGCCUUGAGUUGCUGGAGAACCAGAUGAAGCAGUAUCAAUGGGAGCAGGACCAGAUUGCUCACAUGAAGAACUACAUAGCUCGGUUUGGUCACGGCUCAGCCAAGCUUGCCCGACAAGCCCAGUCCAAAGAGAAGACCCUUGCAAAGAUGGUUGCUGGAGGACUCACAGAGAAGGUCUCUAGAGACAGGUGUCUCACCUUCUUCUUCCCAGAUUGUGGAACGAUUCCUCCACCAGUCAUCAUGGUGCAGAAUGUCAGUUUCCGCUACAGCGACAACACACCUUUCAUCUACAAUGAUCUGGAGUUUGGCAUUGAUCUGGACACCAGGCUGGCUCUGGUGGGCCCUAAUGGCGCUGGGAAAUCAACACUACUCAAGUUACUCUAUGGGGAACUGAACCCUACCACUGGCAUGAUCCGCAAGAACACCCACCUCAGGAUUGCUCGCUACCACCAGCACCUGCACGAGCUUCUGGAUUUGGAUGUCUCGCCCUUAGAUUACAUGAUGAAGCAGUUCCCAGAGCUUAAGGAGCGAGAUGAGGUGCGGAAGAUCAUAGGUAGGUACGGCUUGACGGGCAAGCAACAGGUGUCCCCCAUUCGCCAGCUGAGUGAUGGACAGAGGUGUCGUGUGGUGUUUGCCUGGCUGGCCCAUCAAGCGCCUCACCUCCUGCUGCUGGACGAACCUACCAAUCAUCUUGACAUGGACACUAUUGAUGCCCUGGCUGAGGCUGUGAACGACUUCCAGGGAGGCCUUGUGCUUGUUUCCCACGAUUUCAGGCUAAUUUCUCAGGUUGCUGAGGAGAUUUGGAUCUGCGAGAACCAAACAGUCACCAAGUGGGAGGGAGAUAUCCUUUCCUACAAGGAAAUGCUCAAGAAGAAGGUAAUGAAGGAUAAUGAGAAACGAAAGAAAAUGUUUUAGGUGAAUAUUUUUCCAAAUGCCAGAAAUAGAUUGAUUUUUUAGCAUUUUCAUGCUAAAGUUUUUGAAAUAAUAAAAAUAUUUUAUCAUCAUAUGCACGGAAAAUGUGUAUUGUUAUAAUUCCAGUAUGUUAAUUUUUUAUCCUUGAGUUAACAUUUAACAUUCGUUUUAUCAGUCUGUGAUUUAUGAAUAUCAGUCCUCUAGACACUCCAUUACUCCUUUUAACAGACUGCAGAUAUAUGCCAACAAUAUUUCUUCUUCUUUUCCCUUUAUUAGUUUCUGUAUGAAUAUUUCCAUCCAUAUCCUGAUGAAACAUGUGUAGGCCUGCUUUUAUGUGUUUGUUCUCUUAGAGCCUUGUGACAUGAUGCAACAUAAACCUAUGUUUUCAUAUCAGGGAAUAUAUAUUUAUAUAAUGUUGGUUUUGUACUACUUGCACUUGUACCUCCAUACUCAGCAUCCUUCAGUAUGUCAAAUUUUACCAAAACUUUACAACCACAAUGAUUUCACCUCAUGGAUAGUUCAUAGAAGGCUAACAGUCACUUGUGGUGUAUUGUUUGAUUCUUGAAUCUUGCAUCUGGCUCAAAUUUGCUCCAGGUAUGAUAAAUUGUUGAAGUUUGGCAACAGCCCAAUGCUGUGGCUAAAGUUUGAUAUGUAGUCUACAAGGUUUCUGUUAUGUGGCUCAUGUGUGCUUUAAAAGCUAAAAAAAUUAACAAAGUUUAGCACAAAUUAUUUUUCUUCAGUCUUCAUUUUGAGAUGCUUUUUGUAGAAGAGACAAUGUGCUCUCUUCUUGGCAUCAUGGCUUGUAAUGUGGUCUUUAUUCUCUUUAGCUCUGGAUUACUUUGAACAUUGAAAUUUAGCUCUCGGUCUCUUUUUGGUGCAAAUAUAUAUAUACAUAUACAGUUUGCAUGCUUGAUACCAAAGUGACAUACUAAAAGUAUGAAUAUUGAAAUAUACAUAGAAUAUUUAAAUGUUUGAUAUAAAACUAACUUGGAUAUACAUUACAUGGUCCAUGGUCCAUUAUUGUUUCAACAUUCAAAAGAUUGUUGUCUGGAAUGGAUCACAUCCCCCAGACAUCUUUACUGUUUUUCUGUUUCUAUUAUCCUGAGGCCUUGCAGAAUGAAGUUGAGAUGAAAAAUGUGUCAAGGCUGCCUGCUUACACUCGUUUCUGAUGACAAUAUAAAUUCCUAACAGCAUAUUAUGUACAUUAUGGAUUGCACACUAUGUAGUGCUGUUGUUCUGUAAAGUAUUUGGCUUUAACACAGUGUUACUGUGAGAAUCUAUUAACAUCCAUAGGAUGUGCAUCUGUGCUCUUCAUAUAAUAUGGAUACUGAUAAUGUUAAAAAGAAAAAAAUACAAUAAAAUCUUAAGUAGAA